AUGUCAAUAACAAUGUCAAGACCAAAUUUAAAUUCUAUUCAAUCAACUCCAAAUGUUAAAUUAAAUGAUCGUUCUUUACCUCCAUUAUCUUCAAUCUUAAAUGAUGAUAAUCAACAACAACAACAAGGUCAACCCCCAAUAAUGAAAACUCCAAUUAGAUUACCUUCUUUUGAUUCAAUAAAUUUUAAUCAAAAUCAACAAAGUUUACAACCACCAAACCCAAUACCAACUCCAAAUUCAAUUAUACCACCAUCUCAACCACAAUUUUAUCAAUCUUCAAUAUCAACUGUUUCACCAUUAAUUGAAAAAAAAUCUUAUGCUUUUAUAAGUCAUUCACCAUCAACUUUCCCCUUACAAGAACCAUCAAUUGAUAAUCAUCAAUUAGCAAGACGCAAGAGAAGAAGAACUUCACCAUUAGAAUUAUCAAUUUUACAAGAUGAAUUUGAAAAAGGUUCAACCCCCAACAAAGCAAGAAGAUUAGAAAUUGCUAAAAAUGUAAAUAUGACUGAAAAAGCUAUACAAAUUUGGUUUCAAAAUAGAAGACAAACCCUUAGAAGACAAUCAAAUUUUGAAAAAGAAAUUCAUCAUAUUGAACCAAUUUAUUUACCACAUUUACAACAUUUACAACCACAAGUUUCUUUACCUCAACCUCAACAAUUACCACAACAUCAACCACAACAAACUCCAAUUAAACAAUCUCCAUUUAUUUAUCAAACUCCAUUAACAAAUAAUUUAUCAAAUUCAUCUCCUUUGAAAACUCAAACCCAAAUUCAAAAUCCCAAUUCUUCAUCAUCAAAUUCAUCAAAUUCAUCAUCCCCAAUAAAACAAGCUCCUCAACCUCAACAACCUCAACCAGCCCCACAACAACAACAACAACCACACUCUCACACUUCCUCACCAUCAUCAUCACCAACCCAUGGAUCAACAUAUACAUUCCGCCUCUCAAAACCAUCCUCAUCAAACACAUCAACACCAAGAAAACCAUUACAACAAAUUUCAUCAAAUAAUUUAUCUUUCAAGACAAGACAAAAACCUGUAAUGAAAGUUAAUCCAUCACCUAUUCAUACUAAACCUGUUAGUGUUUUUAAUGAUCAAGGUACAAGGGAUGAAAAUUCUCCUAUUAAGAAAAGAAAGAAUGAUGAUGAUGAGGGUAUUAAAAAUUUAUUAAAUUUAAAAAAUAUGCAUUAG